AUGUCAGCUCCGUUCCCCAACAUCUACCACCAUCGGAGGGUUGCCGAGACGGCAUCCAAGGCUUGCGAUGUGUGCUACAAGCCAAGCGCCUCGGUGUUGAUCACGCCCGAUAACAAGGACUUCUUCUACGUAUGUCCCGCCCACCUGAAGGACCACUACUUCUGCACGCCCAAGGUCGACCAAGAUGCCCUGAAGGCCAAACGAGAGAAGGAGGUCGAGGAGGAAAAGGAGCGUCUCAAGAAGGAGUAUGAAGAGAAGCAAAGAAAAAAGAAGGAGAAAGACAGCAAGAAAGAUAAGGAAAAGGACGGUGACAAAGACAAAGAUAAGGAUAAAGAUGACAAGAAAGAUGACGACAAGAAAGAUGAUACAAAGGAAAAGGAAAAGGAAGAAAAGGAGGCAAUCCCCGAGCCGGAACCUCGAGUGUUUGAGUUGAAGAGUUCAUUCUAUCAGCAACGGUUGACGAAGAAACGACAAGCCGACGCAGCGAAACGCGACAGAGAGCGGAUGUCUAAGCCUGGCUACUUCCCGUCUGUUCCCAGAGAUGAUCCCAGCUGA